AUGCCCGGGAAUGAAUCUGCUGGUCACAAUGUGGAGAAAGCGACAGACUCUCAAGGUGAAAAUCCGGACUUGCUACUAUCGGAAGAGCAGGCAUUAGCCAAGGCACGGGACAAUCCCAAUGACGCCCUACCUAUCUUCAUCACCUACGCCCCAGAUGACUUUGAUAACCCCCGCAACUGGCCCAAGUGGCGUAAAUGGUAUAUCACCAUCGUGGUGAGCAUGUUGAAUGUUUUCACAACAUGGUGUGCUGGAGGGAUAUCUUCGGGGGCGACCGGAAUUCAAGAGGAGUUUGGUGUUUCUGCUGAAGUCACAACACUCGCUUUGUCUCUAUAUGUUCUGGGUUAUGCUAUUGGCCCUGUGCUUCUCGCUCCGCUAUCAGAGUACUUCGGGCGUCAGCCGGUUUACGUCGUCUCGUGGUUCUGCCUGUUCAUCUUCCAGCUUCCUCUCGCGUUGGCCCCGAACAUCGGUACCAUUCUAGUGUGUCGUUUCAUCGCCGGCUGUGCUGGAGGUGCCCCUCUCACCAACACAGGAGGCAGUAUCAGUGAUAUGUGGGAGCGGAACGAGAGUGGAGGCCCUAUGGCUGUCUACGGACUGAGUAGCACCUUCGGCCCCCCUAUGGCCCUAGUCAUCACCGGGUACAUCGGGUUGAAUCUUGGCUGGCGCUGGAUUUUCUGGGUCCUUAUGGCUAUGACCGGAGGCGUGUGGGUGGUGUUGGUCGCCACGGUUCCCGAGACCCGCCACACAACUGUUCUCCAGAACAAGACCAAACGGGUCCGGAAACAAAUGAAGAAGGAGAAUCUUCAGUCGGCUGAGUCGACCAUUGACAUGCACGCAAGCAGCAGAAAAGGUCUGCACGAACUCUUCAGUAUCACCCUCACCCGUCCAUUCCGCUUCCUCUUCACCGAGCCCAUCACAUUGUUUUCUGCAAUUUACAACGGCUUCCUUUACGGGCUGGUCUAUCUUUUUAACGAAGCAAUUCCUUUGGUCUUCGGUCCACCCAAGGGGCAUCCAUUUAAUGGCGGCCAACAAGGGCUGGCAUUCCUGGGAAUGGCGAUCGGUCCUCUGAUCGCAUUCUGUUUCUACCCCCUCCAAGAACGUUACUACCUUCGCCGUGUCGCUGAAAAUAAAGGCAAAGGUGUGCCCGAGGCUCGUAUGUGGAUGGCCCGUGGAGGGGCAAUCCUCGUUCCAAUCAGUCUGUUUUGGUUUGGAUGGACUAGCUAUCGGUCGGUGCAUUGGGUUGUGCCGAUCAUUGCCUCAUCAUUAUUCGGUGCUGGCAUCUACAUUGUCAUCCUUAGCAUAUUGAACUACGUCGUGGACAGCUAUCAGACUUACUCAGCUUCCGCUUUAGCUGGCGUGAUCCUCGUCCGAAAUGUCGUCGGUGCUGGAUUCCCAUUAUUCGCCACUCAGAUGUACCAGAAGCUUGGCUACGAAUGGGCUUCUAGUCUGUUGGGCUUCAUCUCGGUGCUUUUGGUACCAAUCCCAUUCAUCUUCUUUUACAAGGGCCAGACUAUUCGUCUUCGCAGUCGCUGGGCCAGUGAGCACUUCGAUCAAGACGAGGACAGCCCUCACUGA